GCGGCAUGCCAGACUCUUGCACGCAACCUACACUUCACAGUCUAUGGAAAGAAAAAUGCUUCUACAAAGGUUUCUGAUUCGAUUUCUACACAAUAUCCAGUAGUGGACCAUGAAUUUGAUGCAGUUGUUGUGGGUGCAGGAGGAGCAGGUCUGCGGGCUGCAUUUGGUUUGUCAGAAGCUGGAUUUAAUACAGCAUGUGUUACAAAGCUGUUUCCCACUAGAUCUCAUACUGUUGCUGCACAGGGAGGGAUCAAUGCUGCUCUGGGAAACAUGGAGGAUGAUAACUGGAGGUGGCAUUUCUAUGACACAGUGAAAGGGUCUGAUUGGCUGGGCGACCAGGAUGCCAUACACUACAUGACCGAGCAAGCCCCAGCUGCGGUGAUAGAGCUGGAAAAUUAUGGGAUGCCAUUCAGCAGAACUGAAGAAGGAAAAAUCUAUCAGCGUGCAUUUGGUGGACAGAGUCUUCAGUUUGGAAAAGGGGGACAGGCUCACAGAUGCUGUUGUGUUGCGGACAGGACGGGACACUCACUGUUACAUACUCUGUAUGGGAGGUCUCUAAGAUACGAUACAAGCUACUUUGUUGAAUAUUUUGCCUUGGACCUACUUAUGGAACAUGGAGAAUGUCGUGGUGUUAUUGCCCUUUGCAUAGAAGACGGCACUAUACAUCGUUUUAGAGCAAAGAACACUGUUAUUGCCACUGGUGGGUAUGGCCGUACUUACUUCAGUUGUACAUCUGCUCAUACUAGUACGGGUGAUGGCACUGCUAUGGUCACACGAGCUGGUCUUCCUUGCCAGGACUUGGAAUUUGUACAGUUUCACCCUACAGGUAUCUAUGGGGCUGGUUGCCUUAUAACAGAAGGAUGUCGUGGAGAGGGAGGUAUUCUAAUUAACAGUCAAGGUGAAAGAUUUAUGGAGAGAUACGCACCUGUUGCUAAGGAUUUGGCUUCCAGGGAUGUAGUGUCUCGUUCUAUGACCAUAGAAAUCCGUGAAGGAAGGGGUUGUGGUCCUGAAAAAGACCAUGUGUACUUGCAGUUGCACCAUUUGCCACCACAACAGCUAGCAACCCGUCUCCCAGGAAUUUCAGAAACAGCUAUGAUAUUUGCUGGAGUUGAUGUCACUAAAGAGCCUAUUCCUGUUCUGCCUACUGUGCAUUAUAACAUGGGAGGUAUUCCUACUAACUACAAAGGACAGGUGAUUACACAUGUGAAUGGUGAGGAUAAAGUGGUACCUGGUUUAUACGCUUGUGGGGAAGCAGCCUCUGCAUCUGUCCAUGGUGCAAAUCGACUUGGAGCAAACUCCCUUCUGGAUUUGGUGGUCUUUGGUCGUGCUUGUGCCCUUACUAUUGCGGAGACAUGCAAGCCUGGAGAGCCAGUUCCCUCCAUUAAACCAAAUGCUGGUGAAGAGUCAGUUGCCAAUCUUGACAAAUUAAGAUUUGCUAAUGGAACCAUAAGAACUUCAGAAGUGCGACUUAACAUGCAGAAGACAAUGCAAAACCAUGCUGCUGUAUUUCGUACUGGUUCUGUACUCCAAGAAGGCUGUGAAAAACUUAGCCAAAUUUAUGGUGAUCUGGCUCAUCUAAAGACAUUUGACAGAGGUAUUGUGUGGAACACUGACUUGGUGGAGACACUUGAACUGCAAAACCUGAUGCUUUGUGCUCUACAAACCAUUUAUGGUGCUGAGGCUCGCAAGGAGUCCCGGGGUGCUCAUGCCAGAGAGGACUACAAGUUACGGAUAGAUGAGUUUGACUAUUCUAAGCCACUCCAAGGCCAACAGCGGAAGCCAUUUGAAGAGCACUGGAGAAAGCACACCCUUUCAUAUGUGGAUGUCCCAUCUGGGAAGGUUACCUUGAAAUACAGACCUGUGAUCGACAGAACUUUGAAUGAAGAAGACUGCUCAACUGUCCCGCCUGCUAUUCGCUCAUAUUAGUAACUUACGUUUACGUUGCAGUCCUCUCCCAGAGGGGGUUAGUGUACAUAAGCAUAGCACAAGCAAAUCAAAAUAGUAUUGUCACUAUCAAUGGAAGAAAAUGCUGACUAAACUUUUCGCCAGCUUAUAUUCUGCUGUGGCUCACUGUACAAUUAUGAAAAUGGAAUGCAGGACA